AAAAGCGCAAUCGUAUUUUCCCGGAGACCCUGUAAGCGCGUGACCUGAAUCCUCGUGCACGAGCCCGGGUUGCGACCGGAAGUGAUCUAAUUCCAUACCCGUUCCAAGAGGCCCGAAAGAAUCGGGGGAUUUCUAUGGAAGAGAUGUCAGGAGAAAGUGUGGUGAGCUCGGCUGUGCCGGCAGCUACAACACGGACCACCUCCUUCAAGGGGUCCAGUCCCAGUUCCAAAUAUGUGAAGCUGAAUGUCGGGGGAGCGCUGUACUACACCACCAUGCAGACCCUGACCAAGCAGGACACCAUGCUGAAGGCCAUGUUCAGUGGUCGUAUGGAGGUCCUUACAGAUAGUGAAGGCUGGAUUCUGAUUGACAGGUGUGGGAAGCACUUUGGGACCAUCUUGAACUAUCUGAGGGACGGUGUCGUCCCGUUACCUGAGAGCCGGAGGGAGACAGAGGAGUUACUGGCGGAGGCAAAGUAUUACCUGGUGCAGGGCCUGGUGGAUGAGUGUCAGGCAGCAUUACAGAACAAAGAUGCAUAUGAGCCAUUCUGUAAAGUUCCACUGGUGACAUCAUCUAAGGAGGAACAGAGGCUCAUUGCCACUGCUAAUAAGCCUACAGUCAAACUGCUGUACAACAGAAGCAACAACAAAUAUUCAUAUACAAGCAACUCUGAUGACAACAUGUUGAAGAACAUUGAGCUGUUUGACAAACUGUCUCUGAGGUUCAAUGGCCGAGUGCUUUUCAUCAAGGAUGUGAUCGGUGAUGAGAUUUGUUGCUGGUCCUUUUACGGCCAGGGCAGAAAGAUUGCAGAGGUGUGCUGCACAUCAAUUGUCUAUGCUACUGAAAAGAAGCAAACAAAGGUUGAGUUCCCAGAGGCUCGCAUCUAUGAAGAGACCCUUAACAUCUUGCUGUAUGAGUCUCAAGAUGGCCGCGGACCUGACAAUGCGCUGCUGGAAGCCACAGGGGGCGCUGCAGGUCGUUCCCACCACAUGGACGAGGACGAAGAGAGGGAGCGCAUUGAAAGAGUGCGGCGGAUCCAUGUCAAGCGCCCUGAUGACCGCACUCACCACCAUCAGUGACCCUGCAGUUUCUCUUCUUUUCAGUGCCUUACCAACUACCAGCGCUUCAGUUACUCCCCUCUAUUUGCACACGGACACGUCAGUUAAGUUUUUCCCGAGUCUGCCUCCUCAGAUAGACAAAGGGAUACUCAGAAUCGCUAGUAUUGAUUAUGUUAUAUGAAUAUAGCAUAUAGGGCAGUGCAGCACUGACCUCGAACAUCAGUUGUGCGUUAAUGUGAACAGAAGUGCACAACAGAUUUUACUGCAUCCGUGACAUUCCCAUGACAUUUUGCCCUAGUUGCUAUUCAUAAAGCGAAUUCCAAUGAAUAUAUAACGAGUCGAUCAGCUAAACCUGUCGUUUAAUUGUAGCUUUGCAGCGAAUGGAGUUUUUUUCCGAAUUUAGUCGUCAGCCUAGUAUUUUUGUAUUUUACAUUAUUUACCAUUGUUUGAGUGAAGACGGUAGGGUUCCUGGUGCCUUAUAGGUUAAUACUGUUCUUUUUGGAGAGUCCUUUUGUUGUGUAUUGUGUGAUAGACAUUUUGCGUUUAGUUUAUUCCUCUUACUUAGUUUAUUUUGUUUGUUUGUCGCUUUGAAUUGAAGUGUUGGAGCCAGGAGUUCAUAGUGCUGAUAGUGUGUCUUAUUGAGAUUUGAUUUGAGAUACAGGAAAUUCAAACAAUCUUGAAAAUGUCAGUGUGGUUUGACAGUCAACUGAUCAGUGAAUUCAGUGAAGGAGGAUGUAAUUAUUGCCUUAUGAGAAGAAUCCAAUCCAUAACGUCCCUUUUUUUUUUUUUUUUUUUUAAA